UGGAAGGGGAAAGGAAGAUUCCUUUUCAUAACCCCACUUUUUCCUUAUCCCAAAAGUCUCUUUACAUGAACAACUGUUGUGUUGACCGUGAAAAUACUUGUACGUCUGCAUCAGUAAGUGUGUGUGGCAGUGUAAACCAGUCGCCAACAGCUGCCUGGCAUAUUUCAUAAAUUUACAAUAUGGCAGAGCGGAGGAGAAAUAAAAAGCGCAAAGAUGAAGCUCCAGGGGGCAAGCAACCGGUGGACAAGCCCAGCAAAGAGGAGUACUCAGUGGCCAAGUGGAUCCGCGAGAACGUUCCCUCCAAGAAAACAAAAUUCGUCAGCCACAACGUAGAGUACUUCACGGGUUCCCGUGCUGUUAACGCCCUCCUGGACAAAUCCCCCUGGAACAAAACGAUAUUCGAGACGAGGGAGCAGGUGGUGGACUUCCUGGACGUGAUGUUGAGACACAAGUUCUUCCACAGAGCCAAGAAGAUAGCUCUGACUGAGGAGGAGCUCAACAAGCGUCGAGCCAUCAAGAAGAAGGGAAAAGAGUGUUGUGUCAAGGAGAAGGGCAAGGAGUGCUGCGUCAAGGAGAAGGAGAAGGAUAAAGACAAGGAGAAGGAGAAGGAAAAGGAAAGAGCCAAGGAAAAGGAGAAGGAGAGCCCAGAGGACAAAGAAGAAGACAAUAAAGAGAAGGAGCCGAAGAAAGGAGCAAAAGUUCGUCUUGAAAUGCACAUGGAUCAGUAUUUCGUAGACUGCAAUGACGCUUAUGUCUGGAUCUACGAGCCCAUUCCCGUUUACUACUGGUUCUUCGGGACCCUGGUGGUCCUGGGUGCAAUCGCAGUGUGUCUCUUCCCCCUGUGGCCCGCCACUAUUCGCAAUGGGGUUUACUAUCUCAGUGUCGCGGCCGCUGGAUUUUUUGUAUUUAUUCUAGCACUAGCUCUGUUGAGAGUCAUUAUCUUCUGCUUCCUGUGGGUGCUGACCCUUGGGAGACAUCACUUCUGGCUGCUGCCGAAUCUCGCCGAGGAUGUGGGCUUCUUUGCGUCCUUCUGGCCGCUCUAUCAGUAUGAGUACUGCGGGCCGGGGAGCGAUAAGAAGAAUAAAAAGAAGAAGAGGAGGAAAGAGAAGGAUUCUGAUGGCGAGGAGGGCAAUGCUAAUCAAGGAAUCGAUGAGAAGCCCCUCCUCAGCGAAGAACCCCAGGACCAAGAGUGCGAGGAGAAGGAGGACGCCAGUGGUGAAGAGGGCUCCGAGAGCGAAAAAUCCAACACUGGAAAGGACUUUGAAAUGGUCCAGCACAAUGAGCUCGACGAUAAGUAAAUUACCAUUCAUCUCGAAGGAGCACAUUACAACUAGCUUUUACAGGAGUUUUAUUUGACGAGUGCCAGCUGCAAUGGAUUCAUGAUUCAUAUUCAAAAUUUCGUUUUUAAACUUUGAAAGAUGGAUGGAAUAAAAUCAAUUGGAUACCAUCUCUGAGAAUGAAUGGCGACCGAUGGCUCGGCAAUGACCAACUCAUCUCCUCGGCUCUUUUUGCAUUUAUGAUAGGGCAAUUUAUCGACAGCUGGGGUUUUGCCUAAAGUUUUCUUCAUUCUCUCGAGUCGAAAUUGACUAAAAGCUUCAAACAACAUUUUUUUUUUCAAUUCUUUGUCAACAUUUUUGACGUUUCGAUGAAGAUGAUUCAUAAAAGUGUUUCAAAAUGUUGGGAAAAUUGAGAAAAAUUAUUAAUUAAAAUUUGGGGGGAGACUUCUCCCUUUUUACUUCAUUCUAGUUAGAAAUAAAAAUAAUGUUGAUUUGAUGGUUUUGAAAAUGGAUUUUUUUUCUAUAGAAAAUUUUGCGCAAAACUCUGAGUGACUUGAACUGUUUUUAAAAUUCUUUAUUAACUGUGCAUUGAAAAAGAGAGUGUCUGAUCAUUGAUAAUAAUUUAUAUAUUUUGGGUAGGUGCAUUAAAUGAAUUUAUUAUGAGAAAUGAUAUUUAUUUGUAUUAUUAUGUGAAUAAGCCCAAUGAUGAUUAUUAAUUAGCUAGAUGAUAUUAUGAUUAAUACACGAUUCUAUUGAUGAUAUGAGAUUUUGGAGAUAUUAAUUACAUUUUCUUGAGACUGUUUGUUUUGGGAGUUGGAUGUUCAUCAAUUUUUCGAAAAUUGAUUUUUUUCGUGUUGAAGUAAAAUUUUUGAUUGAAA